AUGCACCCGAAUUGUAUGAAUAGAGGAGUAGAGGCAAAAGCAAACAACGGCCUCGAUGAGGACAGCGAGGCGCCGAGUCAUUCGUCCCCCGCGACUGACCUCUCCUCCGCUUCAUACGUUCAGGUCGUCGUGCAGAAGCAAACACGUGGUCCCUGUCGAUCACCAUCGAGAUUGGACGGCGCGCCGUCUGCCGUGCAGCAGACGACACAAGCGACCGCGGGAGAGACGGGCGCGCGGUUGGCGGCGGCGGCGGCGCACUGCCCCGGCCUCAGGGCGCUCUUGCAACUGCAACCCGGCGCAAGCGCCGCCGGCCACGACGCCCCGUCUGGCCGUGGCCCUAUUCGCGCGAAAAACACCCAAUGCGGCGUAUGGAAGAAGCUGGGUGACGUCGCCGCCGGCAAGGAGACUCCGUGCGGAGUGGACGGGCCGGCGCGCGUGGCGCUGUUCCGACUGGAAAGGGGUGCGGUAUUGAGCGCGGUUCGUAGCUGGGAUCCGGCGGGUCGGGGCUCCCGCGUCGAGCGCCUAGCGCGUCAGCUGGCCGCACCGGCCGUCGACCUGCUGGACGAGCUACUCGCGCUAUUGCGGAUCCUCUUCACCCUGCCCGUGCACGUCGUCCUCAGGGUCGUAAGAUGCACCCUAUCUACGUCCGUGUGGGCGGCGAGCGGCGCGAUUCAAGCGGUGGCAGACGAGGUGCUGACUCCGACGCUGGCGCUGAGCUUCAACGCCCUGGCCAGACCUCCGCUGGUGCUGGCGACGCACUUCGCGCUAGCGCUGCGUGACGCUAUGCGCCCGCUGUGGCUGGCGUUCUCCGACGCCCUGGAGCCGCUCGCUCGCGUGCUGACCGGCUUUCGCCUCGUCCACGUCGAGAGGGCUUGCCACCGUCCUCAGCUGCACCACGUCUGA